GAGCCUUAUCUGCUACUAAAUUUAUCUGCGUUCGUUACCACCAAGAAUUAAACACCCACGCAGAACCAGUCUUCUCUCUCUGUGAUUCUGCAAUUAAGCCAUUCUCUUCUGCUCAAAUAUCACUUGAAUAAAGAACCCAGAUUUGCAUUUCUAUUGAAAAUGGUGAAUACUUUAUGUUUUGCCCCUGUUUGCUCUUCUCUCUCUCCCCACAAACCAGGAAUAGUUAUUGGGGAUACUGUUGCUGGGAAGAUUCUUAGAGUGAACAAGAUGUUCCAUACCUCCAAAUCUUGUAAAUUUCAAUCUUGGGAAGUUAAGGCUGCAAAUAGUGAUAAAAGCACUAAAUCAAAUAGCUUAGUCUGUGCUGAUUGUGAUGGAAAUGGUGCUAUAGCGUGUUCCCAGUGCAAAGGAACAGGUGUCAAUUCUGUUGACCACUUCAAUGGACAGUUUAAGGCUGGUGGAUUAUGCUGGCUCUGCAGAGGUAAAAGGGACAUUCUGUGUGGAAGUUGUAAUGGAGCUGGCUUUGUUGGUGGAUUCAUGAGCACUUUUGAUGGUUAAGAGUCUAUAGCACUAAAUCUUCACCCAGUUGCCAAUCCUCAAAACCACACAUCCAGACAAUAUUCCAUUUUGCCUGUGUUAUAUGAAGAAAUGCUUGUUAGCUUGAAAUUUUUGUGCUUUUUAUUAUGGUGAAGGUGAAACUACCUUAAUUGAAAAUUCAUGGAAUUAUUUAGCUAAUGAUAACUUCAAAUGGGUUUGUUCCCCAGAUUAUUAAUCACUUUUCUUUUCA